AUGCUUCAGGACAUCAUUACCACUUUCUCAUUACAGGAAAGGAAUCCAGUCCUUAACAUGAAUCCGAAGAAAUAUGGGCAGAGCUGGCAAAGGUCAGGGAGAAAAGGAAGCCUGACUUCUCCUCUGAAAUUUAAGAAUCAGGACUUCAUUCUCCUGAGGGACCACUGCCUGAGACAUGGCCUACUUUUUGAAGAUGAUACAUUCCCUGCACAUGUCAACUCUAUUGGCACAUUUCAACCUGACGUGCUCUCAGAGGAAAAACUGCAUCAAAUCCAGUGGAUGAGGCCAACUGACAUCCAUGACAAUCCCAAUUUAAUUGUGGAUGAUAUGAGCAGAUUUGAUAUUCUUCAAGGGGUAAUAGGUGAUUGCUGGGUUCUAGCAGCUCUGGGCUCUUUGACCCUACAGCGACGGUUCCUGGAAAAUGUUAUUCCAAAAGAUCAAGGAUUCAAGAACAAUUAUGCAGGGAUUUUCCAUUUUCGGUUUUGGUAUUUUGGCGAAUGGGUAGAUGUGGUGAUAGAUGACCGACUGCCUUUUCUCAGUGGGAGCUACUUAUCCGUCCACCCUCGCAGCAAAAAUGAAUUCUGGCCAUCUCUGCUUGAAAAAGCCUAUGCCAAGUUACGUGGUUCCUAUCGCAAGUUGCAUGGGGGUUACAUUUCAGAGGCUUUAGUGGACUUCACAGGUGGAGUUCAGGCAUCUUUUGACCUUCAUAAACCUCAUUCUAAUCUACAUGAGAUAAUGAAAGCUGCUGCUAAGUCAGAAUGCCUCAUGGGAUGCACGACUCCUGGAGACUUAACAGGGAGCAGAGUAUUGAAGAAUGGAAUUAUAACGGGUCAUGCCUACACCGUGACAUGGGCUGCAGAGGUACCCUACUUGGAUCGGAAGGAGUGUUUAAUCAGAAUUUGGAAUCCUUGGGGCCGAAGCAAAGGAGAAUGGAAAGGACCUUGGAGUGAUGGAUCAGAGGAGUGGGACCGAGUCCCAGAGCAAUGCAAGAGAGAUUUCUAUAAGAACAAGGAUGAUGGUGAAUUCUGGAUAUCAUAUCAAGAUUUCAAACAACAAUUUUCCUUCCUGUAUGUUUGCAAUAAUGUGCCAACAUUCCUGGACUUUGGAGAACAGAGCCGCACCACAUGGUUGAUGGAUAUGCAUGUCAACCAGUGGGCUCGAGGACUGACAGGAAGCACCCGUCAGAAAGAUGCCCUUUCAAGAAACCCUCAGUAUUCCUUCCAAGUGCAGGAGCCUGACCUAAAAAACUACAAUGUUGCGGUGUCUCUGAUGCAAAAACCUGCACAUUAUACAGGCAGUACAGAACUAUUGUCCAUUGGUUUCCUGAUACGCAAAGUUGAACCACAGGACAGAACCAAAGAUAUUAUCGUGAAGCCUGAGCAAAUGCGAGAUGUCACUUGCUGCUCAUACUUGAGUCCUGGGACCUACAUCAUUAUUCCAAUUGCAUCUCAAGGAGGCCAAGAGUUUGAAUUCCUUCUUCGAAUCUUUCUGAGGAGUCAGAACACUCGGAAUAUCAUCAGGGAAUCUAAUACCAGGCUCAGUCCAAUGGUGCCAAAUGAUAUGCCCAAGUGGAAUCAAGACAACUCCUAUGAAAACAUCUUCCUAAGAUAUGCUAAUCAGAGUUCCUACUUGGAUGCGUCACAACUGCAAAGAAUUCUUAAUGAAGUAGUUCUGGCAGAUAUAAUGGCCAGUCGUGGAAGCGGAGAUGGAUUCAGCUUCGAUUCGUGCAGGAGCCUUUUAGCUCUGAUGGAUAUCAGUGCUAAUGGAAGACUUGCACUACAAGAGUUUGAAAAUUUCUGGAGACUUCUCAACCAGUAUAAGGACAUUUUUAGAAGGGAAGCUGAAAAUAAUUCUGGAUUCCUGGAUGUCUCAAGUUUGAGAAGAAUAAUACAGAUGGCAGGUCUGUUCAUCAGUGACAAGCUUCUCCAACUGAUGGCCACAAGAUAUGGUGACUCCGCCAGGAGAUUAAACUUCCCUGAUUUUCUAUGCUGUAUGAUUCGUCUUGAUAUCAUGGCAAAGGUGUUUCGCAAAUUAUCUGCAGAUAGUGGAGGAAUCCAUUUCACUGAAAAUGAGUGGAUGACAAUGAUCAUGUACUGCUAAGCAUGCAAUGUGGCUCGACAAAUCAUGAUUGCUCACUUCUUAGUGAGAUGUAGCUCUCAGAUGACUUUUACAAAAAUUCUUAAGGGAAUUGAAUUUAAAAACAAGACACUGUGGACUGAUGACCCAUUGAAUGGACUGGAGAGAAAUUCAACAUACAGUGAUGGAACAUUCAAGGACUUUGGGCAGUCUGGACAUAAUCUGGAAAUAGAGAGGAAAGAGGAGGGAAAGAUCCCCAUUUUGGACAAGACUGGACUUUGGGAAGAAGGUGUCUGCUUCUAUUCCAUCUACACACAAGGCAUUUUGGGUAGUAUUUCUGUUAAAAAACCUUCCAGAUCAUAGGGGCCAUUCACACGAUGGGGCAGGGCAGGCCCGGAAGGCUGCUCCAACUCAGCUUCCUGCCAGACGAUCACAGAAAUGCUGUGCAGAACGUGGAGACACACGAUCCCAGCAGCUGGGUUAAGGGAGCGCUUGCUCCCUUAACCUCAGCUAAGAGCCGGGCUUAGGAGCAGGGUUAGGCUGGGUGGGAGCACUCCAAAUGAGCAUCCUAUUCCAGGCUAGGCUGCUUGUAAGAACAGCCUCACUAUCCGUGAAAGCUUACACCCUUUGAAUGGUUUAUUGCUUACUUUUGCCUUUUGCAUUUUAAUUGUUCAUACUUUAUUGACAGUGUAACUCAUCUGGGGUGGUCCUGUUAGAGACCAAAAAGCAGGGUAUAAAUUAAAUAAAUAAAAAUAUGGGUUUCUUUCCGAAGGUGAUACUUAACUCAAGGAGCAAUCCUAUGAGCGCUUACCAGGAGUAAGCUCUAUUGGACA